CUCACCCCAUACUAGCCAGGUAAUACCUUGUAUUGUUGCUCGGUUGUUAGUAAAACCGGGCAUGUGCAUUGCGUAAAUAUUACGUUGUGUUAUUUCUUAUGCAUAUUUGUUACAUUAUGAGGCGAAGGACUCCUUUUGUAGCAUUCCUUGCCUCUGCCGCCCCUCGUGUUUUAGUCACGUGGUCUUAUAUGCUUUUGAGGCCUGGUUUUGUCUACUCAGGCUCUUAUAGUACCUCUGUUGUUAAUGAGAAUUUAUCAUCAUUGAAGAUGUCGAAUACUAACAAUUCAGCUAUUGAUCCAUCUUCUGUGGAGCCCGAGUUGUAUGAUUUGGCUGUUAUAGGUGGUGGUUGCAGUGGUUUGGCUGCUGCUAAGGAAGCAGCUCGUUUGGGUGCCAAGACUGUGUUGUUUGACUAUGUUCGACCAUCUCCUAGAGGUACUAAAUGGGGACUUGGCGGUACCUGUGUUAAUGUAGGUUGUAUUCCUAAGAAGUUGAUGCACUAUGCCGGUAUUUUGGGUCACGCUGAGCAUGACCGUGAGAUGCUGGGUUGGUCUGACGCAUCUCCAAAGCAUGACUGGUCCAAAAUGAUCCAAACAAUUCAAAAUUACGUCAAGAUGUUGAAUUUUUCAUAUCGUUCCGGUCUUCUUACCACUGGUGUAAAAUACAUCAACGCUUUUGCAACUCUUGAGAAGGACCACCAAGUGAGUUACUUGGGUCCCAAUGGUCCGGAGCGUAUAAAGGCUAAGCACAUUUUAAUUGCUAUUGGUACUCGCCCUAUUAUUCCAGAGGAAGUGAAGGGCGCUUAUGAGUAUUCCAUUACUUCUGACGACCUGAUGAGUUUAAGCCACCCUGUAGGCAAGACAUUAAUUGUUGGUGGCUCCUUUGUUGCAUUGGAGUGUGCUGGAUUCUUGACAGCAUUGGGUUACGAUGUUACCGUUGCUGUGCGUUCGAUAAUUCUUCGUGGUUUUGACCGCCAGUGUGCGGAGAAGGUUGGUGACCUUAUGGAGAACAUGGGUACAAGGUUCAUUCGUGGCAGCAGUCCGACGUCUGUUACUAAACUAGCUGAUGGUAAAUUGGAGGUUACCUUUGACAACGGUCAUGUUGAGACUUACGACACAUUGAUGUAUGCCACCGGUCGUAAGUUACACGGUAUUUAUAAGUAUUUAUCUGAUCUUGGUAUCAAAUUUAGUAAAUCGGGGCUCAUUGAGACAGAUAAUGGCAUGACCGGCUACCCCAACGUCUAUGCAGUUGGUGAUGUUGCUGAGGGUAACCCUGCAUUGGCUACGGUUGCUGUUAAGGACGGUGAGAUGCUUGCUCGCCGUCUGUUUGGCAACAGUAACAAGCUUAUGGACUUGAACUACGUGCCAAUGUGUGUAUUCACUCCCAUUGAGUACGGUAAGUGCGGUUUGAGCGAGGAGGAGGCUGUUAAGAAGUACGGUGAUGUUGACAUAUACCUCAAGGAGUUCACUUCUCUUGAGUUUUCAGCUGUACACCGUCACAAGGUCGAGUGGAUGCAAACUGAUGAGAUGGACGUUGACAUGCCUCCUACAUGCUUGUCUAAGAUGAUUUGCAAGAAGGACGGUACCAUUGUUGGUAUCCAUUUCGUUGGUCCUAACGCUGGUGAAAUCAUCCAGGGUCUUUGCGUUGCUGUGCGCCUUGGCGCCAAGAAGUCUGACUUUGACGACACUAUCGGUGUUCACCCAACUGAUGCGGAGAGCUUCAUGAACCUUACUGUGACAAAAGCUUCCGGUGAAUCUUGGGUUCAAUCUGCUGGUUGCGGUGGUGGUCGUUGCGGUUAGAACCUAUUGUGUAAUAUUA